AUGUCAACUAUUCUCGACCACCGUUCCCAUUUCUCCUGUCUGGGUGAACAUUGUGACGACCACAAAUCAGCGUGUACAAUACAUGUGGACAGAGAACAUGCACAUGGAAAAUGUGAAGAACCUGAACACUGUGACCAUCACCCAAUGUGUACUAACGGAACAGUCUCCCACAAUUAUCAAUGUUGUUGUAAGACUACAGAUUGCAUCACCAACUUUAUGGCAGGUAUGAAUACGACUCCAUCAGCACAUCCGGAUGAUAUAGACUGUUUGGGACAUCACUGUCACCAGGCGUGUACAAUACAUGUGGACAGAGAACAUGCACAUGGAAAAUGUGAAGAACCUGAAGUGGCAAAACCCUGGAAAAGACAUUCUAUCAGUAAAUCAAGCAAUGAAAGAUUACAAAAACGUCUGGCAGUAAGUUACUAUUAUUUCAGCACUGUGACCAUCACCCAAUGUGUACUAACGGAACAGUCUCCCACGAUUAUCAAUGUUGUUGUAAGACUACAGAUUGCAUCACCAACUUCAUGGCAGCAUUGUCAGAAUGAAUUCUGGGGAUGUGUAGAUCAUCAUGGCAACCUAGCAAAUCAUCAUGAGUGUUGCUGUAUGGACAAGAAUUGUGUCGACACUGUACUCGCCGCAACAAUGACUACAACCACAUCAACAACAAAUGCUCCGGCUACCACAGUUCCUGCGACCAAAGUUCCGACAACCAAAGUUCCGACAAUCAAACCACUUGCAACAACAAACGUACCCACAGUUCAGACAACAACGGAUAUACCGCUCUACUGUCCAGUUUGUGCCGACGAUUUCAAAGCCGACUGUCAGAGUAAUUCUCGAUGUAAAGCGAAUGAGGGCUGCAUGCUACAAGUUAUUGGGGGGAAACUCAAAACUGGCUGUGUGGAGAUUUCUGAUUGUCAGUAUCACGAAAGAAUUGGAGACAGUAUAUGCUGUGAAGACAAGAAUUGUACCGAUGUUGCCUUUAGAAACAUGCACACUAUGGCUUACACCUGCCCAAGUUGUCAAAACUCUGCAGAUCCGAAAUCGUGUUUGGCUACUCAGGGAAAGUGUUCUUAUUUGAGCAAGGGUUGUAUGAUAACACAAACAAGAGCAGGUAUUUCAUCCGGCUGCAACACACAUUCAAAGGCUUGUCAAUUGGCAGCGGCUUCUAACAGUGUACUUUGUAAUGUUCAUCCCAUUCCAUUCGCUUUUCAACCAGGACUGCAGUGUAAUUUCUGUUGUCACAGAAAUGAAAGUACUUGCAUAUUAGAUGCGCUGGGAAUACAUGAUGUAUCAACCGUGCCGCCGACACUUGCGCAUACAGCUGGAACGACAGCGCCCACCUGUUUCGAUAUAGAAGAUCCUACAUUUAACUGCAAGAGUUUCGAUACCACUUACCAUUUGUGUGCCCAAACCAGUGGAUUAAUGGCACAAUUAGCUGUUACAAAAUGUCGUAAAACCUGCGGUAUUUGUGGAGGUAUACAUGCUAUAUUUUUCAUGAAGACGAAAGCAAACUCUGUGUUGAACACAACGACUCCACUGCCUUGUAUUGACCACGAUAUCAACAAUAAUUGUGUCAUAAUGUCCUCCGUACUCUGUGCAUCUCAAAAUACCCACGCGAAGAACUACGCCAUCGCCAACUGUGCCAAGACCUGUAAUCUAUGUAAAGAAUAUCAUCUUGAUCUGGAAUACACUAAAGAGUGUUCUUAA